AGAGUAGCGGUUGGAUCGGGACUGUUCACCUGACUUCAUGUGAAAUCAUGGAACGUCCGUCGAAGAAAGAAGGGUUUUGCUUCAAAAUCUUCAAUCCUCUGGAUCAAUCCAUAUGGGCAAGUCGUGGACCAGAGGGAGAAACUAUGGGAGCGGUUUGUCAGCCGUUGCCGACGUCGUACCUCAUUUUCCGGUCGCCGUCGCAGGCGGACGGCAAGUGUUGGAUGGACGCCUUGGAGUUGGCCUUGCGGUGUUCGUCACUGUUGAAACGAAGCAUGAGCUCUCAGCCGCAAACCGGGUCGGGCAGAGCCGCCGCCGGGGACGACAAACUACUACUACUGACUCCUGGAGCCUUGUCUUUGCACGGUUCUUCGUCGAAUGGACACGAGUCGAGCGACACGGACGCCUGUUUUGCCGGCGGGGAUCGCGUUGGACUUCCGCCGCCGCUGCUGUCGUCGACCCAGGCGGCCGAGGUCAUUGCCAAGCUCGAUCCGGAGCAGUUGGAGGCGCUGAUGAAAGAGAAUGAAAUGGCCAAGCGGUUUCUUGAAGCAGAGAGUCACACGGAAGAGGAAGAGUACGAUGGUGAGGAUGAGUUUGCGGAGGAUACCGAUGAUGACGACCGGUUGUUGGUGGAGGACACGCAUAGUGAUUCCGACAGUGACAGUGCGAAUCCGCAGGACAGCCGUUCAUCGGCGGACGCUUCUGAUCAUCCGCCUCCCGAGUCUGACCAUUACGUCGUCCGGGAAGUCGAAGAAGGAGAAUUCGGACCGCAAGUUCGACCUGGGAUGGACUUAUCGAAAGUAGUUUUGCCGACUUUCAUAUUGGAGCCUCGCUCAUUUCUGGACAAGCUUUCCGAUUAUUACUAUCACGCAGAUAUGCUCGCACAAGUCGUGAAGGAAGAUGACCCAUUCUUGCGGAUGAAGUACAUGGCUAGAUACUAUUUGAGUGGGUUUUACAAGAAACCCAAGGGUCUGAAAAAGCCGUAUAACCCGAUCCUGGGUGAGACGUUUCGUUGCGCGUGGCACCAUCCGAACGGGUCUCGAACUUUCUACGUUGCGGAACAAGUUUCGCAUCACCCUCCGGUGUCCGCGAUUUACGUCACGAAUCGGGUUGACGGUUUCGCAGUCUGCACCACUGUGCUCGCAAAAUCCAAGUUUUAUGGGAAUUCCACCAGCGCAGUGCUGGAAGGAUGUGCACGAUUGACUUUGCUGCCUCGUCGGGAGGAAUACGUCAUCACAAUGCCGUAUGCUCAUUGCAAGGGGAUUCUCAUGGGAACACUGAGCAUGGAACUUGGAGGGAAAGUGACGAUCAAUUGUGAAACCACUGGCUACAGCACGGAACUUGAAUUCAAGUUGAAGCCAUUUCUGGGAGGAAAUGAUUCAGUGAACAUCGUUUCUGGGAAAAUCAGGAUCGGCAAGGACACUGUCGCUACGAUUGAUGGUCACUGGGAUGGUCCGAUGCACUUCGUGGAUAAGCGUUCCCAGGUAAAAGAGCUUUUGUGGAGCCCAACGCCGGAAAUCAUAGAUAAGAGACUGAAAAGGAUGACAGUCCCGAUGGAGAAACAGGGUCCUUGGGAGUCGGAAAAACUGUGGCAGUUCGUGACUGCCAGUAUUCGAAACGGAGAUCAGGUGGCAGCUACGGAAGAGAAGACGAAGUUGGAGGAUUUACAGCGAAAAAUGGCGAAGGAGCGGAAAGAGAAAGGGGAUGACUGGAAGCCGAAAUAUUUCGAGCGAGGCCUUAAUGACGGCGAGUGGGUGUAUAAGUACGCGGACAUGCGACCGUGGGAUACGAACAACGACCUCUUCCAAUACGAGAACGACUUUAUCGUGAUGACGCACUCGAAGCAUCGAGCACCGCUUGUCAAGAUGGCCUCGAUGUCCAUGCAACAGCUUGAUGGGGGCGAAGGUGCUGUCGGGAAAGCAACACGAAGGCAGAACCAGAAGCAAAGACUGGAAGCCGCUGCAAGAAACAAAGGACGAUCCGAAAUUAGUCAAACAGAAGUCGCUGCAGAAAAAACGAAAAGGGGUCUUGAAAAGAGUCCAAUUUCCGACUUCACCCCAAGGCGAAGCUUGAAAGUGACGGACCUCGUCCAGCCCGGCGACAAAACCUUGGUUCAAGAAAUCGGGAGACUUUCGGUGCAGGUGUUGCGACUCGAAGAGAAGGUGGAUGAAUUGCGAGAACAGCAUCAUACAACUUUCUGGCGUCAUGCCGUCUUAUUUCUCGUCUUCGCCGUUUUUCAAGCCAUCGUUAUGAAAUGGUUUCUCAGAAAAGUUAACUCUGAUCGUAGCUCAUGAACGCUGCUUUUUUUUUCGAUCCCGUAUUAGCGAUUUGAUUUUGAACGACAGCUGAAAAGCUUGAAAGCUUUUUGUGCUCUUAAGCGACUUGGCAGCCAUGAAAGAGUCUCACGGUCGACGUUUCCUCAAUGCGACCGAGAACAUUUUAAGUUUUUAUUUUAGUUGGUGUUUUGUUUUUUCUCUUUCACCACGUCUAUAGAAAUCUCUUUGAUGGAGGAUCCAUAGAUCAGAAAUGAUUCGAUGAACUCUUAACGAAACUCACGGUUUUUUUGCGAUGCUGUGUGCUUACAAUUAAAAUAUUUGGUUGUUGAUGGCUUAUUUUGAGAGGAAAGAGUGUCUGAGGGUUUUAUCGGUACCAAUCGAGAAGAUCUGAACGUCGGGAAAGGUUUGAUUGAAACCAGUUUGAAAGUUAUUCGAGGCGAUGGCGUUGUCCAUCGUUGCAAAAAAAAAAUUUCGUUUGGCAAAGAAAGUGUUUAUCGACUGUGAUAGGAUGCAAACAGACAUUACCAUGUGAGACGAAAUUUUGAUGAAAUCGAAGGAUUUUCUAGCGGUGCUGGGCCUCGGAAGCUUGGUCCGGUGAGCGCAAGGCAUAUGAGUAGAAAAAAGGGUUUUUUGUUUCUGAAAGGCUUUCCGACUUUUUGCUUUAUCCAGUAAUACCUUUUGACUUUCCCAGUGAUUUUUUUCGUCCGUAUUGAAAUUGCCGUAUUUAUUAAAAUACAAGACGCUUUUUAUUCUCUCUUGCGACACGAAUAAGAUCGGGGUGUGCUGAGAGUGGAAUGGAAAAUUCCAGUGUGUGAGAUGCUUUUAAAAGGAAUUUGUUUAAACGAUGGAAAGCUCAAUGAAUAUAUUCCGAACACCUUGCAAGUUUAACGCGGGAUCUGAUCUAAUGUAGUAAAUGAUAAUUACAGCUGAUUAAUGUCAUUUUUAAGUUCUUGAAUUUGUUGGUCCCCGUGUGAAAUAAUUUUUCAUUGACUUCGCAUUUUCCUGUUGAUUCUUCUCAGUUCUAAGGCUAUGACAUCAAGGUGCGUCUUGUCUUAGCGUAAUAUACGGCUUUUUAUUCUUUUUUGCCGGAAUAUUUCAAGGAUCUCGAAAAUCCGCGAUUCUCCAAUGUAGGAAUGAUCUGCGAUGCGUUUUCCACAGAGUUGUGUUUUUCGCAUGAUGGAAGCUGCAAAGAUCCUUUUUUUUUCCGUAGUAUGAACUCAACUUUAUAUUUGUUUUUUCGUUGGAAACCGGAAGCCCCCUAGAUUUAAAAAAAUUACUGUUGUCGGAUACGAACCCUGGAUGGCCAACGAGUCUUCUGCUGAUCGCUGUGAUGGCUGAGGGACUCUUAUGAGAGAACUAGGUAGCUGGUAUAACAAAAAAGACUUUUCUGUUUUUAAUCUCCUGGAACUGCUGUUAAAUCAUUGUUAUGCACUCUGAGGGACUUUGAACUAGUCCGCGUGCAGCGUUUGUGUUUCGUGGCUAUGAUUUGUAUCGGCGAAGCUUCAUGGUGAUCUUCAGUUGUCAUUUAGUUCGGAUAAAAACGAAAAGAUUUGGAAACUUUAAUGCAUUAUGAUUUAUGAACAGUCAGUGUGCUUUGAGGUUGUUUUUUUUCUCUCGUAUGAUAGCAAAUUAAAAUGAGGGAACUCGUCGGGAAGAAAAAAUUGGAGGGAUUUUAUCCGUGAUUUUUUUCGUCUAGCUUCAUGAUUCUCUGUCCAUCUCGCUUCGAACGUUCAUCUUCUCGCUCUUUUUUUUUCUUCGUACCUCUGGCGAAAUGCAAGCACUUCACUGCUUGUUGUGGAUUCCA